AAAAGUUGUUUAGCUGUGAUACAGUUCGGUUAAUAAAGCAUUCCGCUGGCCAAUAAACCGAAACCAAUAACAAAAAAAAAAACAAAACUAUUUUCCUAACACAUAAUUAUAAAAUCAAGUAAAAAUAAGUCCACCGGCACAAAAAAGACGCAAAACAAUGGCCACAACCGGUAAACGAGAAAAGAUAGGCAUUGUCGGAAGUGGCUUGAUUGGCCGUUCCUGGUCUAUGCUUUUCGCCUCGGUGGGCUAUCAGGUGAUGUUGUAUGACAUUCAACCCGAACAGGUGGCAAAUGCUUUGCGCGAGACCCAAAAAGAACUGAACUCUUUGGAAGCCAAAGGUCUGCUAAGGGGUAAACUAAAGGCCAGUGAACAAUUUGCCUGCAUGUCGGGCACAAAUGAUUUGAAGGAAUUGGUAAAGGGUGCAAUUUUUAUACAAGAAUGCAUUCCUGAACGUCUGGAUAUGAAAACCAAUUUGUACAAACAACUUGAUGCCGUCGUUGAGGAUCACACAAUUUUGUCCAGUUCUACAUCGACAUUUUUGCCUUCGUUGUUUAGCAAAGAUUUGAAACAUCAAUCAAAUGUGGUGGUAUCGCAUCCCGUAAAUCCUCCCUAUUAUGUGCCAUUGGUUGAAAUCGUGCCAGCACCAUGGACCAAACCCGAAGUGGUGACCAAGACCAGGGCUCUCAUGGAAGAGAUUGGCCAAAAGCCUGUUACACUGUCACGUGAAAUUGAAGGUUUCGCCCUGAAUCGCAUCCAGUAUGCCAUUCUCAACGAAUGCUGGCGUCUCGUUGAGGCGGGCAUUGUCAAUGUCCGGGAUGUGGACAGUGUUAUGUCGGAUGGUCUGGGUAUGCGUUAUGCCUUUUUGGGUCCACUUGAAACUGCCCAUUUGAAUGCCGAGGGUAUGCGUAACUAUUAUGAGCGUUAUACCAACACCAUUUAUGCUGUGAGUCAAACCAUGGGACCCACACCGAAAAUGGAGGGACCCACUGCGGAAGUUGUGGCCGACCAGUUGGAGGAAAUGGUACCCUUGGAUAAAUUGGUUGAACGCCGUCAAUAUCGUGAUAAUUGUUUGACACAAUUGAGUAUUUUGAAAAAUAAAUUGAACAAGUGAUUCCUGUAAAUAUAUUAAUAUUUAAUUUCAUUAAAUGAAAUGUCUUAGAUUUUUUAUAAAAUAAAUAUUAUUUGUAGAUUUUAAAACUA